AACAGUCCAACCCUGGACGCAGAGCUCAGCUGUUUGAGGAGCAGUGAAGAAUGUGACCUCCCUGCUGCUCAUGAUGGGAUGUGGCGCCUCCGUUGCCACGGAAACGCAAGUGAAGGGACCAGAAACGGCGAUGAAAGCAGCCGUUCUGAUCCAGCGAUGGUACCGGCGCUACAUGGCCCGUCUGGAGAUGAGGCGCCGCUACACCUGGAACAUCUUCCAGUCCAUCGAGUACGCCGCGGAGCAGGAGCAGCUGCAGCUCUCCAGUUUCUUCACCUACAUGCUGGACAACUUCACCCAGCUCCACGGAACCGGACCAGAUCUGAUCUCCCAGCUGCUGGACCCUGUGGUGGACCCCUGGUUAGACCGAGAGACCUGCUUCAACCUGAUCUCCGUCCCGGAGUCUUACACCGGACCCAGAAUUUCAUUUCCUCUCGCUGUCUCUGACACAAACGCCCUCCUCGCUGCGUUCAAGGAGCACCAGACUCUGCAUGCCCGGUAUGUCUUGCAGCUGCUGUAUGAAACCAAGAAGCUCCUGAAACAAAUGCCCAACAUCGUCCACUUGUCCACGUCCUACACCAAGGACAUCACUAUCUGUGGAGAUCUGCACGGACGGCUCGAUGACUUACUGCUUAUUUUUUACAAGAACGGGCUUCCUUCAGCUGAGACUCCGUACGUUUUUAACGGGGACUUUGUGGAUCGUGGGAAAAAGUCUGUGGAGGUUGUUGUCCUCCUGUUUGCCUACGUUCUGCUGUACCCCGACCACAUGCACCUGAACCGAGGAAACCACGAGGACCACAUCAUGAACCUCAGAUAUGGGUUUACAAAAGAAGUCAUGCAGAAGUACCGGACUCAUGGACGGGAGAUCCUCCAGCUGUUUCAGGAUGUUUUCAGUCUUCUGCCCAUCGCCACAGUCAUUGACGGAAAGGUUCUGAUUGUUCACGGAGGAAUCUCAGACCAGACUGACCUGGACUUUCUGAGUUCUAUAGAGAGGAACAAGGUGAAAUCUGCCCUGAAGUUUCCUCGAUGCACUUUGGAGCAGCUGGACAUCGGUCAAUCCUACAGACCGACCAAAAGAAUAAGAUCGACAGAUGGUUCCCAUCCCAGCAGCAGCCAAAGAACGCCCAGCCAGAGAAAGACAAGAUAUGGACUCAGCCGACAAGACAGCGCCAUCUCCUCCUCCUCCUCAUCAUCAUCAUCAUCAUCAUCCUCCUCUUCCUCACUGUGCUCUCCAAGAUCUCCUUUCUGCAUCUCGCCUCGUCCGUGCCCAUUUUCUCCCAGCAUGCCUCAUAACGUCCUCCAGGUGCCUUUCCUGGACUCCCUGUCCUCCGUUCCUCUUCCAACUCCUCCACAGCGUGAACAGGAAUGGAAACAGAUUGUGGAUAUACUGUGGAGCGACCCUAAAACCCAGGAGGGCUGCAAUCCCAACACAUUCAGAGGUGGAGGCUGCUACUUCGGCCCAGAUGUGACCCAGAGGCUGCUGCUGCAGCACGGCCUGCAGCUGCUGAUCCGCUCCCACGAGUGCAAGCAGGAAGGAUACGAGCUCUGCCAUGACGGGCGGGUGAUCACAAUCUUCUCUGCUUCCAACUAUUAUGAGGACGGAAGCAACCGCGGCGCCUACAUCAAACUGGGAAGAGAAAUGGUUCCUCGGUUCUACCAGUACCAAGUCAGCCGCACAACUCGCAGACUCACCCUGACCCAGAGGGUCCGAGCAGCAGAAGGUUCUGCUCUCCGGGCCUUAAAGGAGAAGCUGUUUACCCACCGUUCUGAGCUGAUAGCCGGCUUCCAGCAAAAAGACCAGAACGACACCGGAAGUGUGUCGGUCAGUGAGUGGACUCAGGUGCUGGAGUCCGUCCUGAGACUGGACCUGCCCUGGAGGACCCUUCGCCCACACUUGGCCCGUCUAACAGCCGAUGGCAACGUUGAGUAUCGGUCCUGCUUUGAGGACAUGGGACCAGGACUUCCUCUGCCCCAGGUCGCCCAGAAUUUGGCUGAAACUCUGUUCAGAUAUCGGACGGACUUGGAGAUAGUCUUCAACAUCAUCGACAAAGAUCACUCAGGUCUGAUCUCCAUCGAGGAGUUUCGCCACACCUGGCGCCUGUUCAGCGCUCACCUGGGGGCAGACGUCGACGACGGAGCCAUCGACGACCUGGCUCGCAGCAUCGACUUCAACAAGGACGGCGGCAUCGACUUCACAGAGUUCCUGGAGGCCUUCAGGGUGGUCCACAAGCUGGACGUGAAGAACCCACAGGCCAAUGAGAAGAUGGACGAAAACAAGGACUUUUGAAAAACAGCCGAAAAUGAGUCGAAGGACAAAGAACGGCAAGAAAAUCUGAGAUGAGACGCGUCAGAAUUUCAGAACAAAGUGUUUUUUCUAAACAACUAUUUUAUACUAAGUCUUGAAGGAAUGCAUAUCGCCCAGAA